AUGUUUUAAUAAAAGGUUAUUUCAUUUUUUACUCAAAUAAAAUAGGCUGUUAAAUCAUUUGAGUCUGAAGUGAUAUCUACUGCAUACUUGAGAAAGAAGGAAUUAGCAACAUUAAAUUCAAUGUUGUUUACAUUGAAGGAUUAACAAAAUUAUUUAGAAAUUCGCUAAAUGAUAAAAGAUGUGCUUCCUCCUGUUUAGAGCAUUAAAACAUUUACAGAUUUAAAAGAUUAUUCAAGAAUAGCUUAUAAAUUAGAUAUGAAGAAAGAUGAUUAAAUAUUGGAGCAACUUUUAACUUUGAUUUUACAAGAUUAAUUUGGUAAUUUUGUGCUUAAAGAUAAAUUAAUUUAACAUAUGAUUUAAAACAUGAAAAUUAGUAUUAUUGGUCCAAAAAUAAAAUAAUUGUUGGGUUAGAUAUAAUUAAAGGAAUCUGAGGUUUAGAAAAAAUAUAUAAAAAUAUAUGUAGACAUGAUAUAACAAAGAGAAAAUUAAAAGUAGGAGGAGUAAGAAUAAUAAUAGAAUUAAUAAGAUAUAGUAGAUAUGAAUAUGCAAGAAUUGAAAUCAGAAAAACGUUUGUAAAUUUUAAAUUAAAUAAUAAAUGGAAAACAAAUAAAGUAAAAUUAAUAAAUUCUCAAUUAACAUUUUAUGUAGCCUAGUGUUGAGGAGAUUAUGAUAAUAUUACCAUAGAUUGAUUAAUUUCCCAUCAGAUUAAGAUAAAAUUAUAUUGAAAUAUUAAGUCAGUAUCUAAAUUAAUUGAAUGUUGAGCCAAAGCAAGAUGGUAAAGUGUUAGCAUAACUUAAUUAAAGUAAUUUGAUAUUGUAAUUUAGUGAUUUUAAAGAAUUCUACAUUUUUUAAAAAAAGCAAUAUCUCUUUUAUGUAUAUAUUGAAUUAGAUAAAGAUAGAGAAUUUGUUGGAAUCAUAAAUUAAUUAGUUAUUAUACAUAAUUACAUAUUCUAAUAGUUUAGAGUAUUUUAAAUAAAAUGAGAAAUAGAUUAUUGAUUAUAUUCUAAAGAAUAAAGCAAUAAAUAUGAGUUAGAUGGUUUCUUAUUUUUUUCAUCUUUCAUAAAUAUAUAGAUAGCUGGGAGAGUUUAAUAUAGAGUUGCUUAAAUUUUAAUGUGGAUAUUUUCUUAUAAAUUUAUAAAAAUUGGAUUCAAAUUAAUUGUUUUUAAUAAUAAAAUCUAUAAGAGUUUGUUAGAAUAUAGAAGAAGUGGUUACAUUGGAAAAAUAAAUAGAGAUAAGGAUUAAAGAAGGAGCAUUAAAUUAGAAUCAUGAUGCUUUAAUUAAUUUCGUUGCAAAUAAGAUUAAAUAAACAUAGGUUUUAUUUAUGCCAGAGACAGCAAAGAUGGUAAAUGUGACAUAAAAGAAUUUUGGAGAAUGGUGUCAUUUAGUAUAAUAGAUAGGUUCAUUGAAAGAUUUAGAGUAGGAUUUAUUAUAAAAGUUUAAAAGUGUACAUAUAAGUUUUAGAGAGAAAUUAGCUUAAAAUUAAUUGUAUUAUUAUUUUGCAGCAUAAUUGAUAUGUGGAAUACAUGAUGAGUAAUAUUUUUUGGGAAGAAUAAAUUAGACAAGACCAUUUUUAUUGAUUAGAAUUCUUUAUGAUAUAGCAUAGUUUCCAAAUAGAAAUUAUGAAAAGUUGAAAGAGAGAAUCAUUGAGAAGAUAAAGGAGACAAGAAAUUAUUUAACAUAAGAGUUUAAUAGUUUGGAUAAAGGAUUAUUAAGUUUUAGUAUUUUGACAGCAUCAUUAUUAGAGGAUUAAUAAUUUUAUAAUUAUUUAUUUAUGACAUAUUAGAUAGAGAUAGAAAAAUUUGUUGAGGAGUUAUUAUAGAGUAAUAAGAAGUUUUUGAGAAAUAAAAUAAUAGGUAAAUCUUCAGUGAAUUAAAUGACGAAUUAAACAUUAAUAUAAUUUUAUUAGGGUUUGAGAUAUCAUUAAUUUUUAAGCAAUGAGGAAUCGUAAUACUUGUUGAAAUUAUAAGAAUUGAUAAAGGAAUACAGUUUAACAAAAUAAGAGAUGCCUUCUUAUAUUGAGAGUGUAGUUGAAUAGAUUUUAAAAAAAGAGAAAGUGGAAUAUAUAAGAGAUUAUAGUGAAGUACUGCCUUUUAGAAUAGACUUUUAUAUUCCAAGUAAAUAGAUAGGUAUUGAAUGUAAUGGAGUGAGUCAUUAUUAAUAAGAUUAAUUAAGGAGAGGAGAUAUUCUUAAGAUGAAAGUAAUAAUUAAAUGAAAUUAUUUAAGUUUUUUGAGGAGAAAUUAAAUAUAAAGAUCAGUAUAAUUCGAUCUGGUUGUAGUGAUAUUGAAGAGAUUGUAUAAACAAUAAUAAAAUGA